UCAAACUUUUACCAGCUUAUUUCCGCUUCCGUUCUGUCGAGACUCCGCAUGGCCAAUAUGGAAGUAGCGAAGUUUGAAGAAAUAUUAGGCUCUAAAGCUAAGAAUUUCAAAAGCAUAGAUGUUCAAAAAGCACUCGAUGUGGAAGUAGACGCGGGAAAUCUUGCUAUAUAUGAUCCAAACAUGUUGGAUUUGGCAAGUAAAAACACAGAGGAGAGUUUAAAAGCAGUGACAAGGGACAACGUUCAGCUACUUCUUAACAGACUCUGGGAGCUUCCUGUUGAAAGACGCGAAAAUGUCAUAAUUGUGAAGCUUCCUGAACCUACAACGAAACUUCCCCGUGAAAAAGCUGUCCCCAAAGAAAAACCUUUAACAAAGUGGCAGCAAUAUGCCAAGCUGAAAGGAAUUAAAAAUACGAAAAAAGGACGCAUGCUAUGGGAUCCUGAAGCAAAGGAAUGGCGGCCACGCUGGGGAUACAAUCGAAUAAAUAGCGAAAAAGAAAAAUGGGCAAUAGAAGUCAAGGAGGGUGCUGAUGCAUUUGAAGAUCCAUUCGCUAAACUGAAGAAGGAAAAGCAAGAAAGAGUGGCCAAAAAUGAGCUACAGCGCCUGCGGAAUUUUGCGAGAGCUCGAAAGAUGAAAGUUUCUACUGAUGGCCCAGCAUCUUCUGCUCCAGCAAAAGAUGAGAUCCUGAAAAGUCUGGCAGUGACUCGCCGCUCUGAUGCCUCCAUGGGCAAGUUUUCAGAAACCUUGCCUAAAGAAGCAAAAAACAAGUUUUCAGGAAGGAAACGGAAGUUUGAACAGAAUAAUGUGUCAGCAGCUCAAGAGAAACAGCGACAUUUAGACAUUAUCAGCAAACUUGAGAGUGGGCAGGCAGUCUUAGAUGUGCAGAAAGCAACAAAUGCUGUUAUGAAUGCUGAGGACCAAGCGAGAGCAAAUGAAACACAUGACAGCAAAGAUAUGAAAAAGAGAAAAACUGCUGGAAAGUCUGGAAAAAAAGGACAGUUUGGGAAGGCUGUAAAGAUGGGAAAAGGGAAAACAGGAAAAGGGAAAAUGGGUAAAGGACGAGUGGGAAAAGGGAAGAUGGGAAAAGGGCAGAUGGGAAAGGGGCAGAUGAGAAAAAGGAAAUAAUUCAUGAAUAAAUGAAAAUUUUAUAUGUAUGUUUGUAUAUCGGUGAAACCAGUGUGAUUUGAGGCAAUAAGAUUAUGGAUGUAUAUCUCU